AUGAUGAACAAACAGCAACAGCCACUACAGGUGGAUCUUCUUGGAUCCUCAUCUGCAUCAGGGGCGAGUGGUGAAACAGAUACCCAGAAUAUCGUAACUUCCUCUGCCUUACUGUCAGCGAAAGCGUUUUCUUCAAAUUCACAGCUCUCUCAACUCAAUUUUCCAUGCAAGUUGCACCGGAUAUUGAAUAAUCCCGAGUACAGUGACAUAAUCUGCUGGCUACCCCAUGGUAGAUCUUGGCGUUUGCAACAACAACAGAGAUUCGAAAAGGAGGUUCUACCGAUAUUCUUUCGCCAUGGGAGGUAUGCUUCAUUUGCUCGUCAAAUCAAUGGAUGGGGCUUUCGGAGGAUCGCAUCAGGUCCAGAUUUCAACAGCUACCAUCAUGAGCUCUUUCUCCGCGAUGCACCCGAUAUGUGUUUGAGAAUGACAAGGCCCUCUGCGGCAGAACUUGCCGAAAGAAAGAGGUCGGAACCUGAUUCACCACCUAACUUUUAUCUCAUGCCAAAAAUAAACCCCGAGAGUGCUGAUCCUCAACAGCAGCCACCCCAAAUCCCACCAGUGAUGGUGGAAGGAUGCUCAUCGUCAGAAAGCUCAUCCGCAGCACAAGGAGACGAUUAUAUGAUCAAUCUGAUACGUCGAAUAGCUGUGUAUGCACCCCAACAGCAAGAUAUGAUGUUGCAACUGGAACUGGGCAUGCUAGACAAGCAACGACAAGAAAUAUUGGAGCAGAUGAAGCAAGUGAAGACUGCUUUUCAUGGAAGUAGCAAUCAUAUCUACACUGCUGAUGCUAAUGUUAGCCGAAUAUCACCCACCAUGAACUUCCCAUCACCACAGGAACGUGAGUCACUUCAAUAUCACCAGGUGGCAAAGAUCAACCACAUAUCCAAUCUAGUAGGAGCUUCUUCGUCUGAUGCACAAGCCUCCUUCCAACAUCAACCAAUGAUCAGUAACCUCGCGCAACGAGCGGCUCUUGAGAUGUACUUGCAGCAGAUGGGUCAAAUUCCUAGUCAUUUUUAA